UUCGAGAGCUCCGUCCUUCGUACUGGAGCCCUUGCUUGCAAAAUGGGCAAGGUUGCCAAACCGUACAGGUUCAUCACGACCAGCUUGGGGGAGAUGACGACUUCUCUCAAAUCGAACAUGAAACGCAAAGUAGGAGACAAACGAGGGUUUUCUGUAUCACUGUCCUCUCGUCGGCAAAAUCGUUCGAAGCGCAGUCGGGACACGAGGGGAAAAGAGCGCUCCAUCAGCAGUGAACCUUGUGACCUCCUCGCUCAGAGAAUCAAAAGUCUCUGUGAUUCGGAGAAAGAGAGCCCCUCAGACAUCACUGGCGUCCUAUCGAACGAGGAUGACGACGCCGAAGACCUUAAUGAGACUGAUCGUAGUUCCAGUGACGGAACUUUCAGAAGCUGUAGUAGUUUCACUUCCUCAUCGAUCUCGAAGUCGAAUACGCCACAGGGAGAAUCGCUUGUAUCGUGCGUUCCCUCGAAACAAGCCGGUCUGAAAAUGUUCCAACACCACGGAAUCAUGUACAUCGUGAUGAAUGAAUUCGCCUGCGCCGCUUUCGGAGGAUCGGGUUACAUGCUCAUUCUGCAGGGAGCCGUGGGGCUUUACGGAGUGAAAGUCUCGGCGUCCGAAAACCUCGUCCUACCGCUGGAAUCUGUUCCAGGAAGCUGCAUUGUGCUCACCAACAGAGGCCAAAAGAGCCAGACCGGGAAUCUGACAGAAAAUUUGGAGCGCAUCGGAGCGAGUCGAUCUUUGAAUAAGGCAAAGGAUCUGCUCACGCGGUACCCGACGAAAACUAUAGUGGCCAUUCAGGGCAGACCCGAUAACUUUACGAACUUGAAGCCGAACUUCAGUUCCGCGGACGAUUCAACCCCUGAAAACUCAUGGGAAUCCCUGGGAUUUUACGUGUUCCCCUUGCAAUCGAAUGGAGUGCCGAGCAAUCGGCGUUUCGACGACGUCGUCGCCAGUGUUUCGAAAGUGGCCGCCAGAGAACCAGUGCGGAUAGUUUUGGGCGGUUCGAGAAACUCCGGGAAAUCGUCGUUGAUACGAGCGCUUUGUAACAGGUUUCUCCUGGAACGUAUCCGGAACGACAGCAGCGACAGCGAGCGGACGACUUGCGCGAUCUUGGUUUUGGAUCUCGAUCCGGGGCAAACAGAGUUCACGCCCCCUGGCUGUGUUUCACUGGUAGAGGUCACCGAGACUCUCAUGGGACCGCCGAGUAGCCACCAGGUGAGGCCGGAGAAAUCGUUCCUCGUCGGAGGAGGUUCGACCCCCGGGGCUCACCCCGACAUGUACGUGCGUAGCGUCGAAUUGCUCAUGCAGCACCUUCACGAUAGCAAUUGUGCGAACUACAUCCUUCUCGUGAACACGAUGGGCUGGCUGAAUGGCAUAGGGGAACUUCUAUUCGGGAGCAUAUUGAACGUCGUCGAGCCGACGAGACUAUUGAGUCUGGACGCUGACUUCAAAGUGCCGACCACGGCGUGGCCGUGUAAGGAGGUGAUCUGUUCGCCGGCAGUGACCCAGCUUUCACCGUUGCAGUCCUUAUUCGCUCGAGAUCCUUAUACCAAAGCAGUGACUGCCGCAAUGCACCGGGAAGCGUCCAUCAUCGGAUAUUUCAAAGGCUCUGCUAUCAUGGAAAAAACCCCUAAUGCCAUUCCGUGGUCCAAGGUCGCCUUGCACGAGAUCAGCGGUGUCGCGCCGAAUCAGGAAAUCUUGUAUCUCAUGAACGGCAACAUGGUCGCCCUCUGCCGAGUCCCCGAUCGCUUGUUACUGAAAAGCAAAUCGAAACCUCUGUUCCCCAAGUUCUUCCAGAACGACCGGAAGGGUCAGGGCGAGGCUUUCGAAUGUCUGGGCUUCGGUAUUGUUCGUGCGGUUGAUCCAGUGAACAAAUGGAUUUACAUUGCCACUCCGGAAUCUUCGGAGAUUUUCGAAUCUGUGAAUGCGUUGAUUUAUAAUUCGAUUUCCCUGCCGAGUUUCUUCUACGUAAAUCAAAGGAGUGAGGUGGCGCCCUACGUUCAGGGGGACCGUUCGAGACUGGAACUCAAUAGAGCGCUCGCGACGACCGUGAGCUCAUGAAGUAGGCUGAAUUUUCGGUUUUUCCGCAAGGUAAAUACUGCUCGGAGGCGCCGGACUCGGAGAUGAGAUUGAAGCGCUUUGUAAACUUGUUCAUAUUUUUUUCUCGAGAAUAAACGACA